AUGCUUGGAAAUGGUCGCUGUGACGUGCAGUGCGUUGACGGCGUGAAGCGGUUGUGCCACAUUCGCGGUAAGAUGAGGAAGAAGGUUUGGUGCAACCAGGGCGACAUCGUCUUGGUUUCUCUGCGAGACUUCCAGGACGAAAAAGGUGACAUCAUCACGAAAUACACCGCCGAGGAGGCGCGAAGCUUGAAGAACUACGGCGAGUUGCCUGAGAACGCCGCUCGGAUGUCUCUAAACUUCUCGCGCUUGGACGUCUCGGUUCGGACAACCUCAUGGUGCUAA